AUGGAAGCCCUAAUGAACUCUCUGUUCAUGAAUGCUGUCCAUGUAUCAUGGGAUAAGCUAGCAUAUCAGUCCCUUCAAGGCUUGGCGGCAUGGUACGCUGAUCUUCUCCAGCGUAUCAAAGAACUCGAGAGCUGGGUGUCAGAAUUCCAGCUACCAUCCGUAGUAUGGCUCUCUGGUCUCUUCAACCCACAAUCUUUCCUAACCGCCAUCAUGCAAACCACCGCACGGAAGAACGAAUGGCCGCUGGACCGAAUGAUUCUCUCUGUGGACGUGACCAAAAAGUCUAAAGAAGAGUUCUCUGGUGCACCUCGGGAGGGUGCCUAUAUCCAUGGACUCUUUAUGGAAGGAGCUCGAUGGGACACGAACACUGGACUGAUCCAGGAGAGUUUGCUGAAAGAGCUUACGCCUGCUAUGCCGGUUAUAUACAUCAAGGCAAUCCCCAUUGACAAGAAGGACACGAAAGGAGUAUAUGAAUGUCCUGUGUAUAGGACAAGGCAAAGAGGGCCAACGUUCAUUUGGACGUUCAACCUCAAGACAAAGGAAAGACCACAGAAAUGGAUCUUGGGCGGAGUUUGCUUGUUGUGUGGCCCAGAUUAG